UAAAAUCCAAGUCAGUAUUCUGAGUCUCAGUACAGAAAUCAAAACGAUCAUGGCCACACACAUCAAGAUUAUAAGCUUAAUGAUUUUCGCUUGUUUUGUGUGCAAAUCAAUAAGCAACAACAUUGUCACAUUGCCAGAUGCUUUCUACUACAACCUCACAACGACUUCCCGCGUGGAUUUUUUCGUUAUCCAUCAUCAACGCCAAUUGGCGGCAAAUACAAAGGCUCUAGAUGAAAAGCUGGAGGAUUUCAAGAAGAGCUAUAACUCACGACUGGACACAAUUGCCUUGCAUGGUGACUUUUUGCAGGCGAAACUCAACGAACUUGAAAACAAACUUAAUCCCCUGGAAUUGCUGGAAGAUGUGAAUGAUUAUUGCAUACAAAAGUAUCGCAGCAAAAUACCAGUUUGGGCCACAAUCAAAACGAAUCUCGGCAAUUACAUAGCCAAAGCUAACCAGGCAUAUGCGUCGCUGGUUUCCGGCGCGGCCUCAACGCUGCAGAAUCUGAAAAACUAUUAUGCAAAUCAAUUUGCGAAUGGUUUGAAGGAUUGCAAGAAGAAGAAGGAAACCGAGACGAACUACACAAUCUGCUUUACAAAUGUGGUUAAGACCACGACUGCUGUAACCAGCACGAACACCAAUACUUUUAUGAAUCAAAUGAGCUCAGCGGAGUGCAGUGCCAAUCUGAAGCUUAAAGAAACUUUCGACUGCUAUGGCAUCCAAGUCUUUAAUACUCUUGAUGCGAUUGGUGGGAUUAAUGGGCUGGUGGAGAAUUGCAUAAAUGGACAUGAGUUCUGUCCGUCGUGCAGUGAUCAAUUAAGCGCUACGGAAGGUCGUUGCCCAUAUCAAAUAGGCUGGCAUUUGGGUGAAGAUGACGUGACCAGUGAGAAGAUUACAAAUCCCUUCAAGGGUGUCACCAAAUCUACACCAUGCCUACAAAUUAAUUUUAUCAGAAAAAGUGCUUUAGUGUAGGAAUUAGUCGUUGAUAUGUUAGUACUAUUAAGAUAACAGUCAUACGUAUUUUUGUAUUAGUAAAAAAAAAAUGUUAUUAAAUAAUGGAAAAAAAAAUUAAGUGCUGAUAAUAAAAACAUGCUAUGAACGUAUGUUUUAUUCUUAAAUAAAAAUUAAAAUUCAUAGAAAUAAAAAAUUAAUUAUAGG